CUGGUGGCGCCCAAGGAUAACUGGCCGCCCUGCGAGGGGGGGCUGAGCAUGGAGAUGGCGGGCAACAAGGGCGGUGUGCCGGUGUUCCGCUACGUGCACAGCCCCGCCUACCGGGAGACGCAGGCGCGAUUCUACCGCUGCCAGGCCAGCUACGACCCCGGCACCAUCGCUGCGCUGCUGCAGCAGGCGCCCUACCAUGUGGACUCGCUGCUGGCCAUGCAUGACCUGUACCGGCACAUGGGCGAGAACAGCUACGCGGAGGAGAUGCUGUCGCGGGCGCUGUGGGCGCUGGAGGCCGCCUGGCACCCCGCCUUCCAGCCCGCCACCGCCGCGUGCCGGCUGGACUACGCGGUGGAGGAGAACCGGACGCUGUUCGGGGCGCUGUUUAGGCACGUGCAGGCCCUGAGCCGCCGCGGCUGCCACCGCGCCGCGCUGGAGUGCUGCAAGCUGCUGCUGGCGCUGCAGCCGGAGGACCCGCUGGGGGCGCUGUGCCUGGCAGACUACCUGGCGGUGCGGGCGGGCAGGUACGACUGGCUGCAGCGGUUCGUGUUGGAGUUCGAGGGCAACCGUUCGCUGGCGCUGCUGCCCAACUACGCAUUCGCACUGCCCAUGGCAGCACACCGGCAGCAGCAGGAGCAGCAGGGACAACAGGGGCAGGGGCAGCAAGGCACCGGCAGCAGCAAGGCGGGGUCGGCAUCCUCCUCGCCGCAUGAGCUGCUUGUGGGGGCGCUGCUGCUGCACCCGCUGGUGCUGCCCCGCCUGCUGGCCCGCCUGCAGGACAAGGGGGCCGCAAAGGAGUCCUACUGGCGUGAUCUGCAGUCGCGGCGGCUGUUCCGGGAGUCCGGGGACGGCGGCAACGCAUCGCUGUCACACCUGGUUGGUCUCUACGUGGAGCGCAGCGGGGAGCUGUGGAAGCCGCCGGACCUGCUGGCGCUGCUGCGGGGGGCGGCGCAGGAGGCGGCGGACGUGGCGGAGGGGAAGGUUGGCCCCUCCAACGGCAUCUCCGCUGCCGACUGGCGCACCCUGGCCCGCGAGUCCUUCCCUCCCUCCGCCGCCAACGAGUACCGCCACCUGCGCAUCAGCGACUUCAGCGAUGCGGUGAACGCACUGCCGCGCGAGGAGGUGGAAGCGGCGGUGCAGGCGGGUGCGGGGGGCGCCAUGCAGGACGUGGAGGAGGCGCUAGCGGAGCUGCAGGAGCAAAUGAUCCUAGCGGCCCAAGAGCGUCAGGCGGCAGGAGGCGGUGCGGGAGGAGGUGCUGCUCCCAUGAGCGAUGAGGAGCUGCGGGGCGCUAACCCGCUGCUGAUGCUGCUGCGCUCCAUGCUGCCCUGGGUCAACGCGGGGCAGCAGCCGGACUAUGCGGCUCCUCAGCAGCCGCAGGGGGGUGCGGGGCAGCAGGGGCAAGGGGCAGUGGCAGGGCAGCAGCAGCAGCGGCAGGUGCCUGCACCCGAGUAUGAUGACGAGGAUGGGCACUUGGAGGAUGAGGAUGGCAUGGUACGGCAGAUUAGGCGGUGAUGCAUGGAGCAAGGGGAAGGAGCUGUUAUGGGAUGCAGCGGGAGGGGUGGUGGGCGAGGAUGAGCAGUUGUGGCGUUCAUGCAAGCGUAUGGGUUUGCAUCUAGGGACUGCUGUCGGCAUUGCAGCGGGCGACUGAAGGUUAGGAGGAGGUGGCUUGCUCCCUGCAGUUGCAAGGUUUAGCUGGUUCACGCCUUGAUCGUGCGAAACGGGCACUUCACGAAUUCCUGACAAUUGCGCUGAUCAAAACUUGGAACGCCAACUUUUGAAAUCCAAUGAUG